AUGGUCAUGACCAAGAUUCUUCAGGUUGUUGGCUAUCCUUUCAACAUCAUGGCCUACAGUCUUCCCAACGUUGCCAUCUUGAUCCUCAUCGAACGUCUAGUCGGAAAAACGAAAACAAUGACCCGCCGAUUCCUUCGUGCCGUCGUAGCAAUACAGAUUAUUCUCGCGGUGAUAUCGAUUGUCAUCAUCUUUGCACAAUGCCGACCUACCAAGAUGUUAUGGGACCAGUCAGCCAAGGGGGAAUGCUGGAGUCCAGACGUCUUCAACCGCUCGUCUUAUGUCGUCAGCAGUUUCACAGUCUUGACUGAUCUUGUCCUCGCUGUUGUGCCGAUUCAUGCAUUCUGGAAUCUACAACUGAAGAGACAAGAGAAAUUGGAGAUCACAUUCAUGCUGGGCCUAACGUUCCUCUCCGCCAUUUUCACCAUUAUCAAGGCAACGUACUUGUAUACCUUUAAUGAUCGAAUAGAUCCUUUAUACAACGUUGUAACAUUAAUCAUUUGGGGGUUGAACAAAACGUCGUAA